UUUUCUCUUACGACAACGGCAGGCAGAGGCUUUGCUCGACGUGGUGCUAGGGAGUAAAGGAAAAAGCUUGAACGCGAGAUUUUUUCGAACUUCCACAAUUUCCUAAAGUGGUUGGGCAAGUUACAGUUUACAUUUACCACGGAAGGAUCAUUUGAUGUCGGAAGAACAGUUAGCGAAAUAGGGACAGUCGUAAAAAUAAGAGCAGCUACUUAGUUCUUCGUCAGACUCAGUCUUUCUCCCUAAUAGACUGAAAAUUUUGUGCUUCUUAGAAGAAGCACUACCACAACGUACCGCUAGAAAAAGUUUAGAACCAGACCCACCCUCGAAUCAUAAAAAACUAGAAUCUCCCUCAUAGCUCAGUCAUACAAAACAAGAUGGCGACUCAGAACGAGCUUGACAAUUUCUUUGAGAAUAAUGCGGCGAUGCCUGGGAUGAAGCCUCCGCCACCCAUCGGGGUCGAUACUCGGGACUUCCAUCACAACACUGCUGGCGGCUUCGGCAAUACACCGAUGUUAUGGGAAGAAAGAUGACGUCUGCAUAGACAAGCAAGAAGAUCAAGAAGAUGGAUAUGAAUUUCAACUUAGUGUAUCACAUUUCUUCAAGACUACAGUUGUCUUCAUUCUGCAUGAUGCCGAAGUCGAUGCUGAGGAUGAUGCCUACUCCUAAAGAAGUCGUUGUAAAUUUCAGGAGCGAACUUUUAGCGCUUAUUAUUUAUAUUGUUUUUUUUAAGCUAGUAGAAUCAACGAAAAAAAAAGUAGUCUGGGUCAUGAUAGAAAAGCCCACUUUGCAGGUCUCUAAUUACCAAAAAAGGCAUCAUCCUCAUCAUCGACUUCGGCAUGAUGCAGAAUGGGGACGAUGCCUUUUUGCCUUUUAUUUUGACUUACGUAACAGUAUCAGUAACUUAAUAGAUACACCUAAAAAAAAUACAUAUAAUAGAACGUGACAGUAAGUUCUUGCCUGGCCUUUCUUUUUUCGGUUUUUGUUUUUUCUGGUUAGAUAUGCUCCACCAACAUUAUAAUAGAACGCGACAGUAACUUAAUGCGACUCGUCUAACGAACCCCGGCUCGGUGAAACUAGACGGAGAUGCUGGAGGUGGUUUCGAUUUUAAGAGCAUAGACCUGAAGACUAUGAACAUGGAAACGGCACAGAAGCUGUUUGGUGCUCUAGCAGUACAAGCGCAACUAGCUGUUGCGCAGAUAGCAGUCAGUGCACAGGGAGGCUCUUCAGCAGCGUUUUCGGCUUUGCCAGGAGGUGCAGAUGGUGGACCUGCAGGAGGUGCUGUUAUGAGAAUGUAGUUGGUCUUGGUAUCAGUUACUCUUGAACUUGAUCACUCUUUUUAUCCUUUAACUUUAUUUACUACACGUACACUCAGUCGCGGAUUCUUGCUCCUCUUAGUCGUAUUGAAUUCUAAGGGGAAGUCAACUAAUUAUACCGUGAUUACCUUGAGGCCCAGAAUCAUCUGUUACUUGUCAGUGUCUUCUUUGUGUAUGUAUAGAAUUUUCAAAAUCCAAGUCCUACUUCCUUGGAAUUAUAAAGUACGAGUAGCUACUAGUACAACUAGGUUGAAAUUGUAUGUACUAGCUAGAAGUACUAGGUUGAAAUUUUACUUGUAGCUCACAUCAACUUGAUCGAAAUAUUGAACCUAAAUCAUAGCGGAAAAAUUGGAUGAACAAGGUGAAGUCCUUCUCCUGCUUCCUUUAACUGCUCUAACUCUCGCGUCUUAGCCAGUGUCCCAAGCCUCAUGCCGCAAAGUACAAAGCCCUGGAAGGCAUUUUUCGUUCCUCUUAGGAAGCCGGCUGAUUCGGCACAGGCUUUGGUUAAGGCUUGAGAAAAUCCAUCUGGUCACCCAAUCCAUCUUCUUGUUCCCCAAGUUUUGAAGAGUGUUUGUGAACACUAGGACUGUAUAUUUUCACCCUCAAGGUGAUGCGGUUUUUUAUAUAAUUCCCGGCCUGUUUCAGUUGUGCAAAUUGUGAAGGUUUUGCAUGAUUCUCAUGCGGUUGCAAAGUUGUCAAAUGUGUGGACCUUCUUGUUCAUAAGUGUCACGAUAAGGAUCCACAUCAUUAGCAUGGUACUCCAGUGGUGUGAUCUUUGUCACUAUGGGACUGCAAUGAUUUCCAUCAUGUUCAUGCUGUUGAUGAUCUUCAUACUCAUGAAAGUACUAGGAUCAUCGUGUUCAUCUUCUUCAUCUUCUUAUUCCUAUCAUUUGCAGAACAGGGGAACUGGAUCAUAUCCCCCCUUAAUCUAUACUCCAUCUAAUGAAUGGCGUGUAGAUUACAAUAAUAAUAGUGGUUGCAAGUUCGACUAUAUUCCAGCGAAUGAAUAUAAUACAGAAAAAACAUGAUGCAUGUUUCGAUUGAAGAUGAAUAAUUUUUGUUGCACAAUAUUAGAAACAUAGGCUAUUUCUACGUAGCCAAGUAUGAGACUUAGAGUUCUUCUCCAAAGUCUUCUUCAACAACAUUCUCAAUGUUGUUUUGUUCUUCUCCGUUUUCCUCAGGGGCAGCGGCUGCUUCCGCCGGUGCUGCCUCUGCUGGUGCUGCUUCUCCCUUUUUUCUGGCUUUCUUCAGCGGCGGCCCUUUUGCUCCACCGUCUUCUUGUUUACCUUUCCCCUUUUUGCCUUUGCUUUUGUCUCCUUUGUGCGGCUGCUGCACCGCUUGCUUCCCCUUUCCUUUGUGGUAGCUGCUGCUGUUCUUCGUCGCCGAACUACUGCUACUACUGGAACUACUAGAGGAAGAAGGAGUUUGCUUCGCAGGUGCCAUUUUGUGGGACACCCGUGUCGACGUUGGACAGGCUUGAACGAGGUUGAUUGUAUUCUCAAUGACUCCCAUCGAUCCAACGGCAUCCAGGUUACUCACCGUCUCCCGAGCGUAAAUUAAACGUAGAAUACAAUUGUGGAAGAAUGCACUUCCUUCUUUCCUCAUUUUCCUGGCCAGGUCCCAAUACUCAGUCUGCAGAGCAAGACCCAUAUCCGAGCACUGUCGACUGUAGUGAGAAUUCAUGUUCGGGCCGUGGUUGAUUAUCCACUCCUUCCAAACAUUCUCCUCUUGGACAAGCAUGCACGAUAAGCAUAGUUGGAAUGCUUUUGCGUAGUCGCCGUCCGACCUACAUCCUUUCAAAGUUGCGACGUGUCGCUCAGUGAUCUCGUAGAAGAUGUGGCUCUUUAUUCCGAGAUCAGCUGGAAAAGCAGGCGAAGGGGGUCUUGUAGCAAGUGACUCCUCGUUGCCUCGGAUUGCUGACAUCAAAGAUUGACGCCAAGCUUCCGUCCCUUGUAGUCGUUGAGGCUCCUUCGGAACGAUUACUCUCGCGAAGCCCGACACUUUGUUUUUGUUUUGGGUAGUUGUAAUCUAUAUUGUUAGAUAAUUACAAAAUACAACGGUAAACUAUUGAAGAAAUACUAUACGCGCACUAAAUAUUUAUGACUAGAACCCAGCUAGAAAUAGACGAAAAAAAUUCCCGAAACAGUAAACAAGAAUAUGCAUGAAAAUCCGAUAACGUUUAACGAACUUAACAGAUGCAAGCAUCAAUACACACGAGAUCCGACAACGAACCUCGAUGAGUAGAAAAUAAAUUAAGUUUACUUUUUGGGUUUUGUUCCUGCGAUUUUAUGGCAUAGACUCACAAGCGUCGGCUUAUUAAGUGCCUUUGUGAAGAUGUCUGCCUUUUGCUCGUCAGUGGGACAGAAGUGUAGAUCUAAUUUCCCUUCUCCGACAACUUGGCGGAUCCAGAGUAAUUUUAGAUCCAUAUGCUUGACCCGACGAACUUCUGGCGAUUCGCCGACCGCUUUCGCGCUUCGGUUAUCGAUCAUUAAAGGAAUUGGAGCUAAAGACUUUUUCAAACGGCCAUGUGGAUCCGUCGAUUUUGAUUGUCGGCUAUUGCCUAGAUUUUCAAGAGAUUCCUGAAGUAGUCUCCGGAGGUAAACUGCCUCCCGCGCGAUUUCAGUCGCGGCUAUAAGCUCCGCUUCUGUCGUUGACAGUGCUACGACAGGCUGCUUUUUACUUCGCCACGCGAUAGGCGUGCACUUGGUUUGGCCUAAUUCGACGAGACCUCCACUGACCGAUCUACGGGUCUUUUUACAUGUUCCCCAGUCAGCAUCUGACCAAGCUUUUGGAGUUAAGUCACCGUCGCGUCCAUCAAUGUCUAAGGCGAAGCUCCGCGUCUUGCGAAGAUAUCCUAAUAAUCGAUCACACACUCGCAUGGCCACUGGCGUGGGCUCCUCUAGUCAUGUGGAUAUGUAUUGAACGACAUAUGCAAUGUCAUACCGUGUUGAUGUACAUAGGUACAUGACCGCACCGACAAAUUUCCGGUAGGUCGAUUUUUGUACGCGUGUAGCGAUUUUCGGGCGAGAUUUCUCAGAAAGCUCUUUUUCGAAACGAUCUAUCUCCGCCCGUGUUAUGGGAGUAUCGCACUCUUUCAGAGUUUUAUCUGGGUCAAAGUCCUGCAGAAUCUUAUCGACCAGAUUUUCUUGACUCAAGGCCAGUCUGCGUCUCUUCUUGAGAACGUUGAUGCCUAGAAACUUAUACAGUAGUCCGCCGUCCUCGAGCUUUUGCGGUUCACGCGUAUUGUGUUCGAACCUGUCAAGGAUCGAGCCUCGAACCGCGGCUAUGUCCUCUUUCCGACCUAGAAAGACUAUGUCAUCCACGUAUGCGAGCAUGCACACACGGCGCUCGCCGUGAAAAAACAUGGACGGUUCGUUUAAGCUCUGUUUCCAACCGGAGCUGGUGGCGUGUCUUGCGAACGUCUUAGCCCAGAGAGCUGGAGCACUUUUCAAUCCAUACAGGGCUUUCUUGAGUUUCCAUCGGACAUUCUCCUUUCCUUUGCGCCAUUCGGGGGGUGGUAUGCAGUAGACGUCCUCGCCGACUAUGUCUGCAUAUAGGAAAGCUGUCUUGACAUCAUAUUGCUCGAGAUCAAAUUCUAGCGCCUUGGCUAUCUUGAACAUGAGCCGAAUAUUUGGGAUCCGAGGGACGGGCGAGUAGAUGCUCUCUUGGUAUUCUACUCGGUUUCCGAGCACGACGGCGCGACACUUGAGUCGCCCACACUCUUGGACAUUAUAUAGUACUCGUAUCGGCACAGCCUUCGCUCCUGGAGGCAGGUCGUUGACCGAUAUUUCAUCGAAUACGUCUCGCCCCUUGAUCGAGUUUAGCUCUGACGCCAGCGCGGCGGCCCAGCCUCCUGGAUCCUCUGCGAGUGCCUGUUUUCGCGUCAAGGUCCUUAGCAGGAGGACAUACUCAUCGUGGGUCAGAGCGUCCGUAGUGUCGCCAAUCUCGAUUUCUGAUUGAUUCUCGAUGAUGUUGGCUAUAAAGUCGACAUUCUGAGGGGACAGGUCCUCGAUGAAUGUGACUGCCGCAGUGUGUCCACUGGGAAGCAAGGUCUCUUCUUCCUUGUGCUUACUGCGUCUCUCCAGUUCUCGCUGCAGGUUAAGGUGUACAGGCCGACUCUCUAAGCCCAUUUCCUCACGGAGCGCUUCCGCGAGUGCCACUGAUCUAUGGCGACCUUUCGAGCACUGGAGCACGAGCUUUCCGCUCUUUUUGAGAAGUUUGGUCGCAUCGCUGAGGAAUUGCGAGUAGUUCUCAUGUGUCUUGAUACCGUCAGACACUUCAGCACAGAGGCCUGUGCUGUUUGGAAUGUACCUAGCUGGAUCAGCUGGAAAAUAUUUAUUGACUCGGAGAACAGCCGCGCCGAGGCGCUUGAGCUUGGCGGGGAUUUUGUCUCCACAGCUGAAGAGUUGAUACCGACUCAGAUUCUUUGGGACUUGGAGCUUCUCCAACAUAUCACGCGUGAGACGGACUACGGACCCCGACUGUGCGGCGUCAGCCUUUUCUGGUUGUCCACUGUCUCCACUUUUGUCCGGUUUCGCUUCGGGAGCGAUGGACGGGCGGGAUGAAUCCCCCCUGUAUGUUGGCUCCGCGCCAAAGUCUACUUCCCUGGUCCUGAUGACCUUUUUCUUCUGCUCGUCCCAGACUAAAUAGUCUGGCGAUAGGUGCGAGUAUCCUACAAAAAUACCCGGAAGAUACGCGCGCUCCAUCUUCGUUUUCACGAAGUUUUUGUAUCGGCAAGGCGUCCCGAAGGUCCGCAUAUGCUGCGCGCCGGGCUUAACCCCGUUACGCUUUUCGUAGGAGCUCACGCUCCCGAGUAUCGCGCGUGGCGACCUGUUUAAUGCAUAGCAGAAUGCCUGUGCCGCGAAACCCCAAUAGGUGUCCGGGAGUCGCGCUGUAUCUAGGAGACACUUCAUCCCCUGCAUGACGAGACGACUAUGAACUUCCGCGCUACCAUUUUGCGCCGGUGAGUACGGUGAUGUCUUGCGCGGCCUGAUGCCGUGCUUUCUCAACAGUUUGAGGAAGUCGCCGUCGAAUUCUUUUCCGUUGUCCGAGCGGCAGACUUUCGGCACUCCAAACAUGUCCAUCCAUUUCUGGAGUCCGGUGUAUGCGUCGCUUUUGCGCGCAAUUGGGAAGACUUCUACCCACGAGUCAUAUCUAUCCACGAUGAUGGCCCAGUAGCGGUUGCCGCCUAUCGAUUCAGGUAGCGGCCCGCAAAGGUCCACGCUGAUUGUGUGCCCAGCUUCGGUCGGGAGGAGUCGUUCGCGCGUUUCUUUGCUGAACGGUUUCCGGCGAGCCUUGUUCAGUCGGCAAGCCUCACAGGACGGCAUGUAGGUUGAAUGCCCCAUCCUGUUGUGGAUGACCUCUUGGGUCACGUUGAGCUCUCCCGAGUCCAGGUUAGGCCUGUAGCUGAGGCGGAAGAAGUAUAGUCCUCCCCUCUUUGUGAUUGGGAUCAGCGUCCCGCUAGGUGUUCGCAGUCCGUCGAAAUUUUCUGUGACGGUAAAACCUGCGUCCAAGAGCAUACUGAGACUGGCGAUAUUUCGCGCCAUUUUCGGAUUAUAGUACGCACGGCGAAGGGCCAACUUAUGCCCGUUGUCUGCCGUUAGUGUCCGUAGUGAUGCCAUGUAGCCGCCAUUAACAUGCGAUCCAUCCGCUUGUUGGAUUUUCCCGCCGUCUUUGGUCGGAGCACGGAUCAUGUUGGAGUCUUUGACACAAAAUAUUGUGGCUCCACUGUCUAAGAUCCACUCAGUUUCGAUCUCAUCGCUGACAGUGUGCAGAAGGAUGCUUUCGAAUUCUUGAACCGUGCGCAUGCACGCCUGAUCCAAGGGCUGCCGAGUUCCUUCUUUCUGUCCCGUCGCGGACUGAUGCUGCGACGUGUCGAGAAGUUGUUUUUGGUCGCCCUCGCUGACGACUGGCUCGCAGAUGGGACACCCAUCCUUUUGCGAGUCUUGCCUGCACGCACACGACGGAGGUUGCCGCGGCGCCAGACUGUCUUUGUCAAUAGCAUUGACGAGAUCAACUCCCUUCUCACGAAGGAAAUCGAUCCAGUGUACACUUCGUUCCUUUGCUCCAUGCAUCCCAUGGAGGCUUUCUGAUCCAGGUGGACGCCACCCGCCACUGGAUCUUCUUACCUUGGGCACGGGGACCGAGUACGAUACUAAUCCCGUCCCAAGGUUUUCCAUCCUUCUCUUUUGAGAUUCGCUGUUGAGUCACAACGGCGGCACAGCGCCGCCGAGCACUGUGAUGUGCGAGGCGAUGCCGUCCCUCUUCUUGCCUGACCCGGAUGGAUUGGUAGUCAUGCCCUUAGGCUGAUCCUUGUUUUGCGAUCCUCCAUAUUUUCCUCCUUUACCUUUUCCUUUGCCCUUACCUUUACCUUUACCUUUUCCACUGACCUCUGUCUUCUUUUGAGCCUGCCUGGAGAGUAUCUUCUUUGCCUGUUCGGAGAUUGGUUUGGUGCAUUGCCACAUCGUGUGCGCCGAAGAGCCACAGUUGUAGCACGUGCCAGCUUUGUGCUGUUUGAAUGUUGCAGGUGGGUCCGUGACUUGAAAGACUUCCUCAGCGCCCGGCGUGCGUGUAGCAGCGCGCCCGUCCAAGUUGACUUUGUUAUGCAAGGAGUAUUUUGUUUCCUUGACAACAUUCUCCAACUCGAAGUCGCCUUUAAGGUCUCGCUGAAUUCCCUGCAUUUCUUGCGAAGGAAUGUCACUCCCGAUGCCUUUGAGGUAGCACAUUCCUGCAACCUGCUCCAUCGUCAUGCCCUUGACUUUGGCAUAUAUGAUGCGGAAAUCUCUCUCCGCGCUGGCAACGUUUUUUGAGGAUGCUUGGAACUCGAUGAGCUGCCAAAAGUCAUCCCAGAUUUUCUGCUGUUGACGGGGAUUUAUCCACCGCUCUAGUUCUUCCAGCAGUUCCUCGACGGUUGCGAAGGUUUUCGUCGCAAGGUGGUCGGCGCAUUCUUGUCCGAUCUUGAUGGACUGUUCGACGCGAUAGACGAGAUCAUCCAAAUCGAGAUGACGCUCAUACGUCGCGCGAAACUUUGCGAGCUUCUUGAGCCACAUAUCGUGCUCCUCAAUCUUUUUGAGUGGCACUAUGUUUUGCUCGACCUUUAUCCUGCGGCGCGACUCCACCGUUUUCCACGGUGUUUUGUCUUCAUCCUCCUCCGCCGGUGGAGGGGUUUCCUCACCCGUUUGCGAGUGGUCCUCCUCUUCGUCCGAUUUGACGAAGUCCGUAUGGUUGUCGAUUAGGCUACUGUAGAUUUCACCGACUUCGUUGUCCUCUUUGAGAGUAUUUAUCUCCUGGAGACAAGCAUCAAUUUGCGAUUUCAGAACUCGCUCUUCCCAGAGUGGGUCUCCCUCUUUCAGAGGUUUAGCACCCUCAGGCCAAUCUUCCCUCUUGAUUUUGCAGUAGACGAAUCUGCCUCCGCCGUGUGCUUCCGAGGGGUAGUAGUCUACUUCGGCAUCUUCGUAGUCAGGUGAGCCGUCGACGUUAAUGACGCCGCACCUGUACUUGAUGCUGCCUUUUCUUUCGGCGUUGUAGUAUUCUGGCUCAAUGUAGACAAACGCCAUUCCACUGAUGACAUACUGCUCCAAGCGCUUCACGCGCGCAGCGUAAAUUUUCAUGGCUGGGGCCAUUUUAUCUCAGUGGGGUGGGAUCCUGAUCACCACCGAAGCACCCGAGAUAUCGCGCCUUGGCAAAUUGCCGCUAGCUUUCCCACUGUGCAAGCCUCUUUAUGGGGAGACUUUGCACGGGAUCCGACUCACGUCAAAGGUCAAAUAACAAAAUCUGCCGAAAAGAGGCAAGGUGUUAGAUGGACGUGCAGCCGUGUGUCGCGAUAUCGCCCCUUCCGGGGUUUCGGGCGCACGAACUUCUCCGCCAAACGAAGAAGGACGCGUCUUUUUGUGGGGUUGCGGUCGCCUGGGCGAGCGCAGGUUUUUACUUUUGAAGCAGUCGCGUUUCGCGAAAGCUUGUUUCUCUCUUUCUUAGGUGCCGUCGGACUCAGUGAUGCAGAGCAAGAUGGAUUUUUGCAAGGUCUAACUUCGGAAAUCUUACGUCGAACGUGAUAGCCUAUCGCACGAACUACCUAGUAGCAUUUGCGAUAUGGCAGGUUGUGUGGCUGCUGUUGUUACCCGGAACGAUAUUGCUCUUCGUAGUGCUGGCGGCUGCAUGGUAUUUCUUCUUAUUCUUUUCUAUUGUGAUAAACCUAGAUGAGAGAAGGAAAAAUUAUCUAGCUGAGGUCACUGGUGCUGCUUUCAGUAUUCGUCCAUAGAUCCUACCCAAGCUUCCUUUCCACCUAUGUGAGAAAACUAACAUCUCUUCCUAUAAUUUGGGUAUUUGAGCUUACAACUAGAUGAAAUAACGAAUAUGAACAUGCAAGAACUCGAAUUCAGAUUCUGUGAAACCUGCUCAGGACUCUUUUCCUGAAGAAGAACCAAGACCCGGAGUGGGCCGUGCAGGCAGGUGGAGUCACGUUUGGCCCUUCCCAGCGAUAUCUUGUUAUGGGCUUCGUCACAGGGUUGCUCCUGCUGUUUUGGUGUGGUAGUGCAAUGCUGUCCAAUGCGUUCUAUUUUACCAUACUAGCAAUCGUCCAUGGCGUCCUUCAUGACGUGGAAGAAGGCGCCGCUGGAGGAGCAGCAGGAGGAGAGUUGGGUCCACCAGCGGCUGUAGCGGUUGAUACGGUGUAGCACUACUUACGUACAUCCACUCCGAAUCGACUAACAUCGUCAGUACUACGCACAUGGAGGUGUCGUAUGUUGCUACUACGUACAUGGAAGUGUCGGAAGUACUAAGUACUUACGUUACUAAAAGAAGUAGUCGAAGGUCAAGAUCUUCCUGAAGUAACUGCAACGUAUUCCCAUGAUCAUGAACUACGGUGAUUAAAUGUACUUAAAAUGUAUGAGUACUCCUAGUCCAAGUAGUCCUACUCCAUCUCGUAAAAAUUGUCAUAAUUAGGUAUCUUAUCGCAGCAGUAGAUGUUUGGAGUCCAAGAUCCAACUCCAACAAGAAUGAAAUUGAAAAAUAAUUAAACAACUUCUACACACGUGCGCUGCUCAUCAUGAGUUAACACCCCAUUAUCAUGCAGCCUCAUACGAAACACGAGCAAGAAGAAGAACAUCAUCUAAAAAUAUGAAUGCCGAUAUUUCGCCAUCCAUCUACUUGUGUUUUCUUAAAUCGUGCCGAACCAACUCCGAAGUGUCAUGUUUGAUCUUCAGAUUCCCCACCUCCUCUUUCUCAGUACUCUACCUAGUUCUAAUACUAGGAAGAUGAUAGGCCCGCGCCCCCAUCACCUCCACCUACUAUUUUGUCGUCAAACGCUCACCGCAUUCCCCCAACUGUGUGCUGAACCGGGCACCUCAUUUCACCGCAUCACACAGAAUCGGGAACAGCAUGCGAU